CAACAGCGAUGAACGUGGUGGUGAUCUUGCUAAACGUUCUUAUUGUUGUUGUGGUGAGUGGCGGACCUGCUUGGAAAGAGGAGGGUAGAAGAGGUAGCGGGCUCAAAAUUGGUACUGGAGGCAAGAAUAACGUGUCUACUCGCGCGAAUGGAUUGAGGCUUGGAGGUAGCACGAGAGGUUCGAGAACAACCACGGCGGUUACACCGUCGGAAGAGGAUUACGUGCCACCUCCUACCACUCCAACAUCACCGAGCUCCUCGAGUCACCUUCACGUUGGGAUGGUUGUGCCAUAUAAGUCUUUUGGUGUUAGGGAAUACACGAAGGCUAUUACUUCGGCGAAGUAUAACUUGCAGAGGAAGCUGAAGAUCUUCAAAAAUCACGACAUCCAAGUGCACAUUGUGAUGAAAGAGUUGACUCCUAGUCCAACAGCAAUCCUCAAGUCCCUAUGCAAGGAAUUCCUCUCGUAUAACGUGUCCGCCAUUCUGUACCUGAUGAACUACGAGCAGUAUGGCCGCAGUACCGCAUCGGCCCAAUAUUUCCUGCAGCUGGCCGGAUAUUUGGGAAUUCCCGUGAUAGCCUGGAACGCUGACAAUUCAGGCCUGGAACGACGAGCGUCCCAAACUUCUCUCCAACUCCAGUUGGCGCCGUCUUUGGAACAUCAGACGGCCGCCAUGUUGAGCAUCCUGGAACGUUACAAAUGGCAUCAGUUCUCGGUCGUCACCAGCCUUAUCGCCGGCCACGACGACUUCAUUCAGGCAGUCAGGGAGAGGGUGUCUGUCAUGCAGGAUCGGUUCAAAUUCACUAUACUGAAUGCAGUUCUGGUCGCCAAAAAGGGAGAUCUCUCUGCUUUGGUAGAUUCAGAAGCUCGCGUCAUGCUUCUGUACUGUACCCGCGAAGAGGCCAUCGGUAUCUUGACUGCAGCUCGUGAUUUCCACCUGACAGGUGAGAACUACGUUUGGGUGGUGACACAAAGUGUGAUCGAGAAUCCUCUGCAAGCUCCUAAUCAAUUCCCAGUCGGAAUGCUUGGGGUACAUUUCGAUACGUCCAGUACCAGUUUAGUGAAUGAGAUAACGACGGCAAUAAAAGUUUACGCCUACGGGGUGGAGGAUUACUCUAACGACUAUCGAAAUUCAGGUCGAUCGCUCAACACACAACUAUCUUGCGAAGGUGUUGGCGCCUCCAGGUGGGACACCGGAGACAGGUUUUUCCGAUACCUGAGAAAUGUCAGCGUCGAAGCUGAUGCUGGAAAGCCCAAUCUCGAAUUCACGCAAGAUGGAGUUCUGAAAGCUGCCGAACUGAAGAUAAUGAACCUGAGACCUGGGGUGAGCAAACAGUUGGUCUGGGAGGAGAUCGGAGUCUGGAAGUCAUGGCAAAGGGAAGGCUUGGAUAUCAAGGAUAUCGUUUGGCCCGGAAAUAGUCAUACUCCUCCCCAAGGCGUUCCGGAGAAAUUUCAUCUGAAAAUAACAUUUCUCGAAGAACCUCCCUACAUCAAACUGGCACCGCCGGAUCCAGUAACCGGAAAAUGUUCGAUGGAUCGAGGAGUGCUGUGUCGGGUGGCUAGCGAUGCUGAAUUGAACCAGGUGGACAGCACACUCGCCCAUCGUAACGGAAGUUUUUAUCAGUGCUGUUCGGGUUUCUGCAUAGAUCUUCUGCAGAAGUUCUCCGAAGAGUUAGGAUUCACCUACGAGUUGGUCCGAGUGGAAGACGGCAGAUGGGGAACGAAUGUCAACGGAAGGUGGAAUGGAUUGAUUGCCGAUCUGGUGAACAGGAAAACCGAUAUGGUCAUGACGUCCCUGAUGAUUAAUGCAGAGCGCGAGGCUGUGGUUGACUUCAGCGUGCCUUUCAUGGAAACUGGCAUAGCCAUUGUAGUUGCGAAAAGAACAGGAAUAAUAUCUCCCACAGCCUUCCUGGAGCCAUUCGAUACCGCCUCCUGGAUGUUAGUGGGAGUUGUGGCUAUUCAAGCUGCUACUUUUACCAUAUUCUUGUUCGAAUGGCUUUCACCGAGUGGUUUCAACAUGAAACUCUCUCUUCAUGAGGGUCCUUCAGCAUCCCAUCGCUUCUCUCUUUUCCGCACGUACUGGCUGGUUUGGGCUGUCCUUUUCCAGGCUGCUGUGCAUGUAGAUUCUCCCAGAGGCUUCACAGCACGUUUCAUGACCAACGUAUGGGCAAUGUUUGCUGUCGUUUUUCUUGCCAUCUACACUGCCAACCUCGCGGCCUUCAUGAUAACCAGGGAGGAGUUUUUUGAAUUUUCAGGAAUUGACGACCACAGACUCUGCCGCCCCUACUCUAACAAACCCCUCAUCAAAUUCGGAACAAUCCCAUGGUCACACACCGACUCCACCAUAGCGAAAUACUUUAAGGACAUGCACAACUACAUGAAACAGUUCAACAAGUCGACCGUCCUAGAGGGCGUGACGGACGUACUCAGCGGCGAUCUGGACGCCUUCAUCUACGACGGGACUGUUCUGGAAUACCUAACCUCCCAGGACGAAGACUGCAGACUGCUCACAGUGGGCUCCUGGUACGCUAUGACCGGCUACGGUCUUGCGUUCCCGCGCAACUCCAAAUACCUCAAGAUGUUCAACAAAAGACUUCUAGAUUAUAGAGAAAACGGUGAUCUAGAAAGGCUGAGAAGGUACUGGAUGACCGGGGUUUGUAGACCGGGCAAACAGGAACACAAGAGUUCGGAUCCGUUGGCCUUAGAACAGUUCUUAUCAGCCUUCCUCCUUCUGAUGGCUGGCAUACUAUUGGCAGCCAUUUUGUUAUUUUUAGAAUACGUGUAUUUUAAGUAUAUAAGGAAGCAUCUAGCCAAGACUGAUCGAGGCGGAUGCUGCGCCUUGAUCAGCCUCUCAAUGGGGAAGAGCCUCACCUUCCGAGGCGCCGUCUUCGAGGCUCAAGAUAUCUUGAAGAACCACAGGUGCAAAGAUCCAAUCUGCGAUACGCAUCUGUGGAAGGUGAAGAGAGAGUUGGACAUAGCAAUCUUGAGGUGUAAACAGCUGGAGAAAGAAAUGGAGUCGCAUGGAAUCAAGCCACCUCCUCCCUGUAAACGCGUAAUCGUUUCUGGGGAGCAAGCAAGAGCGAGAUUGAGAGGAUUGAAUAAAGAAAGAGGAAGUUGUUCGGAUGUAUUCGGACAAAGGACAGAAAUAGCAGAGAUGGAAACGGUGCUGUGAUCAGAAGAAUUCUACAUCAGUAACACCAAAAUUCGACCCGUAUCAUCGUAUCAUAUAUAAAAAUCUGCCAUUACGUGUCAACAUAAACUUAUGAUUGUGGUGCAUUGUUAUAAUUAGAAUACGUGGGUAGUGAAAUGAACUGAAGUAAAUUAUAUAUUAUAACAUAUAUGAAUUAUAAGGUCAUAUUUUCAUCAUCACCACAGGUAUCACUAAAGUUAAACUCAAGAAGAGAUUAAGACGAGAUAAACAUGUAAUUUUAGAGAGAACAUAGGUUAAGUGAGUCAGAACAACAGAUGUGAUGUAUUUUUUCUAGUUGUCUCCUGAUCCUGAAAAACUGAGUGAGCAAUGUGUAUGAACUUCUGUUUGAACUGAGGAAGGAUUGUAUUUCGGAAUUUUGUUCUUAUGAACCAAUGAAU